AUGUCUCCGACCACAGGCCGCUUGUCAGCGGCAUCAUCAAAGGCCUCCACAUCACGCUCAAAGGGUCCGAUCACCAGGGUCUAUUUCGGAGAUCAGGAGGUCGAUGUACCCAAAGGUGGUUACUACGACCGUUAUCGCAUGAACCCCAACCUGGACGAGGUAGCCAGCGAUUUGGCUGUAGGGCCCGAAAUCGACUUCUUCCGGAAGAUCCAAAAGAAGCUGGUCAAUUCGAGGGUGGGUCAGGUAUACGCACCCAACUUCUAUUAUCGCACCAGAAGCGUCCAACUCCUCUUCCUCGCGCCCCUUGACCGCUUGCAGUCUAAGCUCCCAUCACCCUUGGAGCCCAUCACAGUGUUUCCCGGCUACGGUUUGGUGGCGUUGACGUUUUACUCGUACCUCGUCUGUGACAACGAUCCUUACAACGAGGUCUCGAUUGCUGUCAUCGUCCGUCAGCCGGGUAAUGGUAGUUACAGUACGACACAACUGCUCAGUUCCAUAUGGAACCGAACCUUCUACGGAUACGUUUUGGCUCUACCCGUCGAUACCGAGAUCGCUCGAGUACGAGGUGUGUACGGAUACCAAUUGCCAAAGUGGCUCUCCAACAUCAAUCUGGAGAUGGACGAUCACUACAUUACGGCCGACCUCACCGCGACCGAUGGAACACCCGAUUUGACGCUGGAAGUACCCCUUCCGGCUCUGAAGACCAUCCCGUCGGAAUCUUCGAUUGGGACCAACAACGCGAUCAACAAGAUCGAUGGGAAAUGGUGCCAGGUGGCAGUCCAGACGAAUCCACUCCUGGGGACACAAUGUCUUCUCCCUAAGAACGUCAAGCUCUAUCGGAACGAAGGUCCAUUGAGUAAACUCCUAAACGAAUUGAGUGUUUCGACCAUCUUACGGAUGGACGUCCUCAAGGAUGCGCAGAUGGUCUUGAACAUGCCCACAUCCUUGAAGGCGUUCGAUUAA